AUCAUUAACAAAAAGGGAAAGAACAUAAAGGAAGAUCAGCAAUACGGAUCGGUCAACACGUCUGUUGAUGUGAUCCAAUGCAAUGGAAUACUUAGCGAUAUAGGUUUCCUCUGUAGAUUAUUUGUUUCUUGUGAAAGCUAACUGCAUCUCAUUGGGUUUUGCUUCUUCUGUAGCGGCACAGUCGAGGCGGGUUUUCUUGUUGUCACUCUUUCCUUCUCUCCAACUAAAUUUUCUUUCAAUAACAUGAGAGGAUACGUAAGUUUCAGAAAGGGUAUAUACACACACACAUACACAUAGGAUAAAAAUUUGUUCAUUUGUUUCGAUUUCGAGGAACGCCCAUUUGAAGAAAAUACAAUUUUGAAUUGAAUUGGGAGAUGGAUCUGAAUAAAGGAGGAUUUGUUGUUUUGGUUAUUGGGUUUGUUCUUCUUCUUCUUCAAUUUUGUUUGUUGGCAUCAGCCAAUGUCGUUUUCCAAGUUCAGCAUAAGUUUGCUGGCUACAAAAGGUCUUUGAGUGAAUUCAAAGCUCAUGAUAACGACCGUCAUCGGAGAAUUCUCUCAGCCGUCGACCUUCCCCUCGGCGGCGACGGCAGCCCCACCUCAGCAGCGCUCUAUUUCACUAAGAUUCAAAUUGGAACUCCACCAAAGGAUUAUCACGUGCAGGUUGAUACAGGGAGUGACCUUCUAUGGGUGAAUUGUGCUGGAUGUCAAAAAUGUCCCAAGAAAAGUGAUCUUGGAAUAUCACUUGCGUUAUACAAUCCUAAGGCUUCAUCAACUGCAAAAAUGGUUGCUUGUGAUCAAGAAAUUUGCAUAUCCACACUCAGUGGCCCUAAUGGUGACUGUAAGGUCGGAAUGUACUGUUCGUAUUCUGUCACAUAUGGUGAUGGGAGCUCCACCAUGGGAUAUUUUGUCAGAGAUGCUGUACAACUUGACCAAGUUUCUGGAGAUCUUCAAACCACAUCAAUGAACGGGAGUAUAGCAUUCGGGUGCGGAUCUCAACAAUCGGGGGAGUUGGGUUCAUCACAACAAGCACUAGAUGGGAUACUUGGGUUUGGACAGGCAAAUUCUUCUGUGCUUUCACAGCUUGCUUCAGCUAAAAAGGUGAAAAAGAUAUUUUCACAUUGCUUGGAUGGCUCUCAAGGAGGCGGCAUAUUUGCUAUCGGAGAAGUGGUACAACCAAAAGUACAAACCACACCAAUGAUUCCCGAGGCACAUUAUAACGUUGAAUUGAAGGCAAUUGAGGUCGGUGGUGAUGUUCUCCAACUUCCAACAGAUAUAUUUGAUGUUGGAGCCAAGCGAGGAACAAUCAUUGACAGUGGUACAACGUUAGCAUAUUUACCUGAUUUGGUUUACAAACAAGUAAUAGAAAAGAUUGAUGCUGCACAACCUAAUAUUAAAAGUCACAUUGUUGAUCAACAGUUCACAUGCUACAAGUACCCAGGAAAUGUUGACAAGGGUUUUCCAGAUGUCACUUUUCACUUUGACAAUUCACUUUCUUUGAAAGUUCUUCCCCACCAGUACCUCUUUGAAGUUGAGGAUCAAGACUGGUGCGUCGGUUUUCAGGACAGUGAAUUGCAGUCAAAGGAUGGAAAAGAGAUAACUUUGUUGGGAGAUCUUGUAUUAACAGAUAAACUGGUAACAUACGAUAUGGAAAAGCAGACAGUUGGAUGGAUCGACUACAAUUGCUCUUCAAGCAUCAAAGUGAAAGAUGAGGGAUCCGGGAAAGAGUAUUGGGUGAGUGCCCAUAAUCUCUCUCCUUCGGGUCGUAUCGAUACCUCAACAGGAAUGGUUGUAGCUUGCUUUAUGUUUCUAGUGGCUGCUACCUUCAUCAAUUAAUUCCUCUUGCCAUUUGAUUGAUUAUGAACAGUUGAAGAAUUUUGUGUUGCAUGACCCUUUGCAAAGCUUGGUACCAAGACUUUCUCAAACUUGUUAUAGUGAUCAUUAAUUAUAUAUAUUUUAUUGAAUUUUUUUUAACA